AUGGGGCCUUUGACACCUUCCCUGUCCAAAGCUCACCUGGUCACCAAGGGGGCCACCCUGACAGCCUUGACCAUUGCUGCCUACUGCAGCUCUCAGGCAUCUGUCGUAUGCAGGGUGUCCCCAAACAUUAGCAAUAAUGAGUUGGAAGUGGCACAGUUGGAAGCCUUCGAAAGCCAACACCAGAUGUCAGGCCCUCGUCCUGGUGGCCGAAGAAAUGCCAGGGAACAGGUGGGGCAAGGGUGGAGGGCAGGUGCCCAUCAGCGGCCGCCGCCAGCAGAGGAGGACGGCGGGCCCCUCCCCCCACCCAAGAGCGGCAGGAUGUGUGGGCUCCUCCCCGCCCUUCUCGGUCUCCGGCCGGGAGCUGCUCUCUGGUCUGGGCCAGGAAGCGGGGCCGCGGGGCCUGGUUUAGGCUCGGGGAAACUGCAGUACAGAAAGCAGGCUGAGCGAGGCAGGGGAGACGGGGCCAUCCAACUAGUGCUCAGCUCAGUCCCUCCUCCGGAGCAGGAAUCCGCGCUGAAGGCCCUGGGGACAGAAGGCCUUUUUCUCUUUUCCUCCUUGGACACUGACGGGGACAUGUACAUCAGCCCCGAGGAGUUCAGACCCAUUGCUGAGAAGCUGACAGGGUCAACCCCUGCAUCCAGCUAUGAGGAGGAGGAGCUGCCCCCUGACCCCAGUGAGGAGACGCUCACCAUAGAAGCCCGGUUCCAGCCUCUGCUCCCGGAGACCAUGACCAAGAGCAAAGAUGGGUUUCUAGGGGUCUCCCGCCUCGCCCUGUCUGGCCUCCGCAACUGGACGACCGCAGCCUCGCCCUGUGCCAUGUUUGCCGCCCGCCACUUCCAGCCCUUCCUUCCACCUCCAGGCCAGGAGCUGGGUGAGCCCUGGUGGAUCAUCCCCAGCGAGCUGAGCGUCUUUACCGGCUACUUGUCCAACAACCGCUUCUACCCGCCUCCGCCCAAGGGCAAGGAGGUCAUCAUCCACCGACUUCUGAGCAUGUUCCACCCACGGCCCUUCGUGAAGACCCGCUUUGCCCCUCAGGGGGCCGUAGCCUGCCUGACAGCUGUCAGCAACUUCUACUACACUGUGAUGUUCCGGAUCCACGCCGAGUUCCAGCUCAGCGAGCCACCUGACUUCCCCUUCUGGUUCUCCCCUGGCCAGUUCACCGGCCACAUCAUCCUCUCCAAAGAUGCCACCCACGUCCGCAACUUCCGGCUCUUCGUACCCAACCACAGGUCCCUGAAUGUGGACAUGGAGUGGCUGUAUGGGGCCGGUGAGAGCAGCAACAUGGAGGUGGACAUCGGCUACAUACCCCAGAUGGAGCUGGAGGCCGUGGGCCCCUCGGUGCCCUCUGUGAUCCUGGACGAGGACGGCAACGUGAUAGACAGCCGACUGCCCUCGGGGGAGCCCCUCCAGUUUGUGUUUGAGGAGAUCAAAUGGCAGCAGGAGCUGAACUGGGAGGAGGCUGCCAGGCGCCUGGAGGUGGCCAUGUACCCCUUCAAGAAGGUCUCCUACCUGCCUUUCACCGAGGCCUUCGACCGAGCCCAGGCUGAGAACAAGCUGGUACACUCGAUCCUGCUGUGGGGGGCCCUGGACGACCAGUCCUGCUGAGGUUCUGGGCGGACUCUCCGGGAGACUGUCCUGGAAAGUUCGCCCAUCCUCGCCCUCCUCAAUGAGAGCUUCAUCAGCACCUGGUCCCUGGUGAAGGAGCUAGAGGACCUGCAGAACAGCCAGAAGAACCCGUCCCACAAGAAGCUGGCUGACCUGCACCUGGAGAAGUACAGCUUCCCCGUGGAGAUGAUGAUCUGCUUGCCCAAUGGCACUGUGGUCCACCACAUCAAUGCCAACUACUUCCUGGACAUCACCUCCAUGAAGCCUGAGGACAUCGAGAACAACGUCUUCAGCUUCUCGUCCCCCUUUGAGGACCCGUCCACGGCCACCUACAUGCAGUUCCUGAAGGAGGGACUCCGGCGUGGCCUGCCCCUCCUCCGGUCAUAGUGUGCCUGCUGGUGGGGAAGAGGGAAGCAGGCUGGAUGGGGGAGCUGAUAGACAGGCCCUCCCAGCCCAGAGCCAGAGUGGGCUUCAGCUCAUUUUGGAGUUCAGACACUGCCUGUCCCCCCCACUCCUAGGCUGUCUUGUGGGUCUAAGGUCCACUGAAUGUGGCCAUCCUGGCUUUGCCCCAGGGUGGUGGGUAGACAAGGGGGUACCUGGGCUGAUGGGUGGAGGAACCUCUAUCUCUGGCUGCCACCACGGGCUCUUCCCUGCCCACCAGGCUCUGAAAGCUGCCUGGGACCCCCCCAGUCAAGGACCAGGUGAUCUCCCCGGGCCUCAUCCAGCCGGCAUAGUCCAUGGCCUUGUGGAGUGAAGAACAGGAAGGAGGGGCGGGCCAGGAAGACCGGGCCGCUGCUUCUGGUUACCUUCUCCCCCUCCCAAAGGCAGCAUCAAGAAGCCCCGGCCAGGGUGGGCAGGCUGCCAGAGCAGCGCUCCUGUUUGUCCAGUCUUCUUUCCCGGCCAUACCCUGGGCGGCCCUGUGCCUGAGUCCCCAGCUGGGGUCAGUCUCCGCAGGAGGCAGACGCCUGCUUCAGAAGUGGAGAUCCUGUAGUACCUACCCCCUGAGGCUCCCUGGCCCACUCCACUGCCCUAAACUGACCUAACCGUUGCUCCCAGAACCUGUUUUGGGACCUGCUGGAGCCUACAGUCUGGGGAAGUUUACUGUGAAGUGGGCUCUGCCUCUAGCAAAGGGGUCACUGGGGAGUUCCUGACACCCGGGCCCAAAGCACUCCCACCGCCCACCCCAGCACAGGGUUAUGGCAGGACCGCUGGCGCCAGUGCUCCUGUCUCACCUGCCCCUCAGACCUGACUCCGCCGAAGUACAGCCCUGCCAGAGAAAACAGCCUGCUCCAGCACCGUCCCAGCCACCAGGGGUCCCAGACCUGCUUGGCUACUGUUGGGUGGCUGACACUCCCCUUAGCCGCUCUGGCCCACAUCCUGAGCCAUUGACCAUGGCCAGUCUCUUUUUUAUACAUGCAGAAAAGUUUUCAUGUGAACUUUCUCACAGGUAUUUUUGUAACCCCAGUUCUGAGGAGAAAGAAGGGGUCACGGCUUCCCCCAGCAGCAGCCCCAUGACAGCUGGGUCUGAAAUCCUAGAUGGGUCCAGCUCGAUGUCUGCAGUUGCAUCAUGGGAAGAAGUACUUCUCUCUUCCUUCUCCUUUUCCAACUUUUUAAAAAUAGUCCUCACAGGAUCAACGUACCCCAGCUCCAUCCUGUCCUCUGCAAGGCACCCUUGGGCUUUGUUUAAUUAAGGCCUUGGAGUCAGCACCCCCACACCCCUGGUUCUCUCCUCUGACCCUUGUCCCACUA